GUUACUUAACAGAAAUGUGGAAAAACACAAGAAAAACACCACGGAUAUUUUCUGCAGAUUCUAUGCCAGCCCUGAAAUUGAGGGUACCUGAACAGCAAGGAAACACCUCCGAGUGUGGCAUAUUUGUAUUACUCUAUGCAGAGAAUUUGCUGAAGGAUCCUCCCAAAGAACUAAUCAAUGAGCUUGACUGUACGUCCUGGUUUACACUGGCCGAUGCAUUUUCAAGGCGUGCACAGAUCAGGGACAAAAUGCAAAGUAGUUUAGAAGCACAGGGAAGUAAAGCAGAGGAAAACAAAGCAGAAGAAAGAGAAAGUGAAGAGCAAAUGGUUGACGAGAGAGGGCAAGAGGAAAACAUAGCCAAGAAAAGAAAAAUAGAAGGUAGAGAGGAAGAAGACAUACCUAAGGAAAGAGAAGAGGACAAAACAGCUCAGGGAAGAAACUAUACAGUUCUGGGAAGGCUGUCAGUGCCAGGCACCAAAAGAAAGUACACAGUCACUCAAGAUGAACUGAAGAGAAGAAUCAUGGCAGAAAACAUGUCAAACAACAUGUUAAGAAGCCUGAUUAGGGUGCGUAAAGAGGAUCUCCCUCAGGAGCUUAGAGAACAACGGCCGAUAAAAGCCAAGACAAAAAUAAGCAUCUUCUCUGUUCUCAGUGAAGGGGAGGCCACAGAUUUAGCCCAGGAGCUGGGAGCCACGCUAGGGAGACAUGUAAACCUAGGCAUGAUUGCAAGUGUUCCCAGUGCUGAGGCAGACAUUGCAAAAUUCUCUCUCAUGUUGGGAGUCUGA